AUGGCCAGGUACUCCAAAUCAGCAAAAUCGAAAGGCUUAUCUCAACUGAUUGUCUUACCAACUUACCAACUAGACUCAAACUUGGUUUUAUUACCUGGUAUUAUCUACAACGUCACAUUUUCACGUUUCAAAGCAGCUGCAUUAUUGUACAGAUUCAAAAAUGUGGUUUCUAGAGUGUCCAUAAUCAACAACUUGUUGGCAGAAUACAACUUUGAUGCUGACAGUAGCAACAACCACAACAACAACAACAACAACAACAACAACAACGCAUCUAGACCACUGGCAGAUGCUAGUGGGGAUAACUCCACUAACCCAAGUGUGAUUUCUCAAGAGGCAGUCGAUGGUAUAUCCCAGUUUUACAAGCUAGAAACAAUAACCAAUGAAGGUAAGGAGGAAGGUGAUGCUCUCUCCUUGUCAGGGCCUGUUAAUGACUUUGAUUGGUUGACUUUUGCUAUAUCUCCAAACUUGGACAAGAUUUUGCAAUCGGGAAACAAGGACGCGGACGAUUUCACCAAUGUUGUUACGGUGGUUCGCGUUGUUGGUAUUGUUGAUGACUCAACCAACAUCAAGUUGACUUUGCAGGCCCUUACACGUGGAGUGAAGGCUCCUUCUGACUCUCGCCACACUACACGUUCAAAUGAGGCGAAAGUAGUUGUUGACUGGAACGCAGAAAUACCGGAUUUGAGAAAUAGGUUCAAAACAUUAAGAUCAAACUACAAGAAACUAUUCAAUUCUAUUGAAAAGUUUCUCAUCAUGUAUCGUGAAGCGUUGAAAAAUAAUGCAGCCAUGGGGAGCAGCAAUCUUUCGCUUACAAAGGACACUUUAAAUGACGAAAAGAAGCAAGGUGAACACGAUCCAGUAAAGCAAGAUUUGUUGACAUUAAACCCAUUGGCUAACGCGUUGUACAUGCAAUUGGCAGGUUCAAAGGAUUUUAGCAAAGCGUUUUUGAGCUUACAACGAUUGUAUUCACAGAUUCGUACCACCUCAUCUUCGGCUGAGGAUGCAAAGGUUGAUGCAAAGACUUAUUUGAGAUUGAUUGACUUGACAACUGCAAUCUUACCAUUCCCCAAUUAUGAAAAAUUGCGGAUGCUAAACAAAUACAAAAUUGAUGACAGAUCGGAUGCAAUCAAUGAAAUGAUGUUGUUAUUAAAUGGCGUAUUUGAAGCAUUGAAACAAAAUAAUGCAUUUGCCAACAACUGGUUCCAUAAUGAGGCAUCAAAUGUACAAAGAGCAAAUGUUGUAUCCAAUCAACUCAAGUCGAUUAGAGUGUUGUUGGAAGGAAUGAGUAAAAGAAAUCGAACUAUUCAAAAGCAAACACAAUCGAAUCAGCAAUCAAGAUCUUCAAACGCAGCAGCAAAUUCGAGGUCAUCAUCGCGUGCUAACGGGCCAAAUGAGGGCACUGGAGACUUUGAAGAAGGCGAUGAAGCUGACGAGGAAGAUGAAUUGCGAGCUAUUGCUGAGUUUAUCAAGAACAAGUUACCAACCAUUACCUCAUUGACACCUGAUUCCAAAAGAUUAAUUAUUAAGGAUUUCAAGAGAAUCAAGUCAGCAACAAAUUCACCAGGAGGUGGUGGAAAUGCAGAUUUCCAUGUCAUUAGAAAUUAUUUGGAGAUUGUGAUGGAUAUUCCAUGGGACAAAUAUGUUAGUAAAUUCAAAACCAAUAAGGAGAUUGAUUUGAAAGCAGCCAAAGCUCAAUUGGACAAGGAUCAUUACGGCUUGGAGCAUGUAAAGAGAAGACUUAUUCAAUACUUGGUGGUUUUGAAAUUAUUGGGUAUCAAUGCUGCAAAGACUAUUGGUGAAAACAAGAGCAAGACUUCUGAAAAUAAAGCAAUCGACAAGCAAAAAGAUGUCAACAAGGCUGAGCAAAAUGGUAUUUUCAUUGCCAAUGGAGAUGAAACUUAUCGUGCAAAGCAAAAAGCUCAAGAUCAAGUUGACAAGUCAAUGGAAGACUCUCAGUUUGAAGAAGGUACUCUUGAAGCCAUUAGGGUUACCAAGAGUAAUAAAUCACCAAUCAUUGCACUUGCCGGACCGCCAGGUAUUGGUAAAACUUCGAUUGCCAAGUCAAUUGCCACUUCGUUGGGGAGAAACUUCCAGAGAUUGUCGUUGGGUGGUGUCAAGGAUGAAAGUGAGAUUAGAGGGCACAGACGAACAUAUGUUGGUGCCAUGCCGGGACUCAUUAUUCAAGCUUUACGUAAAGCUGGCUGUAUGAAUCCAGUAAUUUUGUUGGAUGAGAUUGAUAAAGUCGUGGGUGGGAACUCGGGCGCCACCAAAUACAAUGGUGAUCCAUCGGCAGCAUUGUUGGAGGUGUUGGACCCAGAACAAAAUAGUACGUUUAUCGACCAUUACUUGGGUUUCCCCGUUGACUUGUCUCAAGUAAUUUUCAUUUGUACUGCCAAUGAUCCAUACAAUAUGACAAGACCCCUUUUGGAUAGAUUGGAAUUGAUUGAAAUGGGUGCGUAUGACUAUAACGAAAAGUUAAUUAUUGGACAGAGGUACCUUUUGCCAAGACAAGUGAAACGUAAUGGGUUCCCAGUUUCUGACGAACACAAGGUUGAAGAAUUUGUCAAUAUUGAUAAAGCAGCAAUGAAGAAAAUCAUCAUUGAUUAUACAAGAGAAGCUGGUGUUCGAAACUUUGAAAGAAAAUUGGGUACAUUGUGUCGAUUCAAGGCGGUUGAGUAUUGUGAACAAUUGAACGACGAUUCGAAGCACUAUAAUCCUCACAUUGACGAAAAUGAUUUAUCAAUAUAUCUUGGUGUUCCAUUCGCCAGUGGUGACUUCACUGCUAAUGAGUCUACAUCAAUCGGCAAUUCUAGAAUUGGAGUUGUGAAUGGAUUAUCCUACAACUCAGAGGGAUCUGGUUCUGUGUUGGUUUUUGAAAGUAUUGGAUUUGACAGGAGAACUGGCACUGAUAGUGGCAAUUCUUCCAGCGGUUCUGGAUCGGGUGCCACUUUACACAUGACUGGUCGAUUAGGUGAAGUGUUGAUGGAAAGUGGAAAGAUUGGCUUGACUUUUAUCAAACUGAUGAUCUACAAGGACUUGCUCAAAUAUGAACAAGAACAAGGCAAACAAAACACUUCGGCCUUGCUUCAAAAAUUCAACAACUUGGACAUUCACAUGCAUGUUCCCAUGGGUGGAAUACCUAAGGAUGGUCCCUCGGCUGGUGUCACCAUGGCGUUGCUGUUUUUGUCGGUUUUGAUAGACAAGCCUGUUCCGACUGAUUUUGCCAUGACGGGAGAAAUCACUCUACGUGGCUUGGUUUUGCCUAUUGGUGGAGUCAAGGAGAAGUUACUUGGUGCGCAUUUGAGUCAUGGUAUCAAGCGCAUGAUUGUUCCUCGUGAAAACAGGAAGGAUUUGAUCGAGGAGUACUCCAAGAGCAUCAUGGAGGAGAAGCAGGAGAACAAGACGAGAGCGGGUGCGUCUUCUAAACACCAAGAUGGUGGUGAUUCUGACGAUUUGAAUUUCCUCAAUCGGUUGUUGAAGGAUAACGAGGAAGUUGAGUUCAAGAUGAAUGACGUUGAAAAAUUUUAUAUGAAGAAAUAUGGUAUUCAAUUGCACUAUGCUCGUGAAUUUUACGACGUUAUAAAGAUUGUUUGGAAUGAGGAGGAUGUUCUUUUGAAGGAAGAAUCAAACCAAAAGAGAUUACUUGAGUAUCGUAUUUAA